AUGGAGGAGAAGCAAAGCGCUGCGGAGGAGAGGUUGGACAGGAUGCUUGCCGAUGCGAACGUGCAAAUCGCUAUUCAGGAACUGGAAAACUGCCGGCUGAGUCUUGAAGCGAGUAUUUCUGGGGAGUUUACUAGACAGCUGUGGGAGCUCACCUUGACGUCCCUCCGGGCUUCACUCGGAAGCUCCCUACACGCCUCGCCACUGGAUAUCUCUCAAGCCUUUCUUCUUCAGAAGGCAGGGGGUGCAGCCGCUGUUCGCAAGGACGUGCUUCGCUUUUUAGCUGAGGCCAUCGUCCGCAAGGCACGGGUGCAGCACAAGGCGCGCAUCCUUGGCGGUGUUGACUUCGCUGAGGAUUUAAGCUCGGUGGCUGACCGCUUUUCUCCUGGAUCACCUCUUACGCUCAAACUCUGCGCAGAGGCCUAUCCAAAGGUUCAAUUCAAGCGAUCGUAUAAGGGUCUCAAGCUCCGCGUGCCAAGACGGCCGCAUGCACGAGGGCAGAUAUUUCGCAUGACGGAGGAUUACCUGCUGUACAAGCACUCCCAAGUGGUUGACUACCCCGAGCCUCUACCUUCAGCUCAAGAGGGUGAUACAGUGGUCCUCCGGGUGGACGCGGGAUGGUUUGAAGAACGCGAUGGCACAACUGGGGAAGAAAUUCCCUCACAAUUCAUUAGCGGACAAACAACGCUGGAUCUUGUGAAACCGUGGUUACCUACAGAGCUGCUGGAAUCCGUGGCGGGCAUCGCGGUUGGUGAAUCUCGAACUAUUAGGGUGGCAAUCCCAUUCCAUACCCAGCAGCUGCUGGAUAUCUACAACCAACAAUGUGAAGGCGCAGAAAAGCCUCCAGGGGGAACUGGGACAGCUGAAGAGCUCCAACCGCCGGCAGAAGGCCAAAGCCUGGUCCCCAUUUAUCUAGAGAACAUUGCCAAGGCAACAAAAGGUAACAUCUUCAAAACGCUUUUUGGAGGUCAGGCAGAACAGCACGAGCUUGACAAAGAAAAGCCAAAGAUGUUCGCACCUAAUGAAGUCAAUCAGGAUGAGAAAAACCAAAAUGAAGAGAUGGGGACGGCUAGUGCAACAGAGGAAGACCCCGAUUCAAAGAACUCAGAGGAAGAUGUCCACUACGUUGAUUGCCUGCUUCAAGUUGAAUGUUUGAACGUGAAAAGGCGCAUUAUCCCCAAAGCUGAUGAUGAGUUCUUCGUGAAGACGUGUGGUAUGAACCGCACAGAAUUGUGGGAGCUGGUUGAAUCAUCUGGAGAAGAGCUAGUCAAAGAAGCAGCAUCGAAGCACGCACUAGGAGCUGCGGCGGAGGCCUUGGACCAGAUCGCGCAAGUAGACAUUCCUGAGUCGCUGAUUGACGCCCAAGCCAGUGCCACGUGGAAGCAGCAGCUGAAAGCAAGAGAAGUGCAGGGUGAAGACAACAAAAAGUUUCAAUCCAAAGAUUCUUUUCUAAAGUGGAAACAGGACAGUCGACGAGGAGUGGAGAACAUAUUGAGAACGUCGUUUGCUAUUCAAGCCAUCUGUCGAAUGGAACGACUCCAAGUGGAUGAGGAGAAGCUGCAGAAAGACCUUGCACAGGCUUUGUUGAAGGUGCCGAUGGAAUCGGCCGAGACGCUCGCAAAGCAGCUUUAUAAACGAGCUCAGGCGACGCUCGCAUACGACUUCAUCGUAAAGCACGCCGAGGUAGAGUAUUACAUUGAUGACACACCAGCGGAGGUUACUGUCCAGGCUGAUGGCGUCAGUGCCUCCCAACAGUGUGUGAGGGCGUUCCCGAAGGGAACCAAUAUCGACGAAUGGCACAAAAAGCGAGAACAAACUCUCAAGGACCGCGACGCUUUGCAAGACAAGGCACGGAGUCUCUGUGUUGACCCAAAGACUCUCAAGAAAUACAGCAGGGACACGUAG